AAAGAUUGAGAGAAAUGUAGAUAGCCACCCUGCUACCAUCAUGUCUUCCUUUUAUCAAAUAAAUAACUAGGUUUACAAUCGAAUGCUAUGUCUGAAUUGUUAAACACAUUUUUCAAGAUUUGUACAGUAGCUAGCUAGAUGUAAAUACAUCGACAGUAACCUGGCAGUAAUAGGAGUUAAAACAAGGGGUUGAAAGAACGUUGCAUUUGCUCAAGUGGUAUUUUUCGCUACUACUAGCCACUGGCAGCUAGCGACAUUUGGUCAACUUGCGAUCAACGAUAUAUUAUAUUCCCGGAAGAUAGAUAUCAAUGAUAUCCCAACUGAACUGUAUUGUUGGAGUGGUAAGCCCUUAACUCAGAAUGCACUCUGAUCUGUCGCCUCACCUGCACAUGGAUGAGUGCAACAUACUGAUAAACCUACUGAAGCAGUGCCACACGGAGCACAAUGUCAAGAAGUUCUUUGGCCAUUGCAAUGAUAUGGACCGUGCCAUGAGGUCUUGUUUGAAGAAUGAGCGAAUUGCAAAGAGGGAGAAAAGCAAACAGCAUGCUAAAGAGAUGAGACAGAGGCUGAAAGACGGCCCUAAGGAAGACUUCUGAAUGGCAGUACUGGCUGAGCCGAUGCUCCAGGAAGGGGCACAGGAACUGGGUAUUGGAGGACUUGGAACUUACUGGGAUCUACCAUGAGAAGCCUACUUUACUGCCUGGACAUCUGGCCACAAGAGGUCUCUCAUAAUGUUGGUUUCAGUAUGUGUGUUGGGUGGGGUGGAUUGUCAUAGACAGUGGUGGAUGAUCAUUUCGCUACUCAGUGAUCAGAGCUUGUGUGUGUGUGUGUGUGGGGGGGGGUCUGUUUUGAGGACUGCUAUCAUGGUUGAUUACAUAUUUAAAGUACUUAACAAAAUAAUUGUUUUAAAUUGUCUGAGUUUCUGACUGGGGAAUGACAAUGAUGAAUGAACACUGGAUUUCUAUUGAAUAAAGUUGACCAAAACACAGAA